AUGGGAGCUCAAAGAAACAGCCCAAAGCCCUCACCAAAGAACAAAUCUACAACAUUGCAGCACCUGUUUGAUCUUGAUUCCAAGAAAAAUAAUUGCAGCAAUCUCUCCGGAAGAGACAGCAUCAGUAGGGGAUCUUUAUUCGAGACAGAGAAUGAGGAAGUUCUUUCUGUCAUCCCUUUCUGCUCCUUCACCUACACGUUCACCGAUCCUCUGGAAUCUCCUUCAGAGCAAGACCUCAAGCGCCAGAAGCUCCUCCAGCUCCUAUCUAUCAUAAAAUCUCCGAAAACCCAACUCCAAGAUCAAGUCUUCCAACCUCUCUUCUCCAUGAUAUCGACCAACCUCUUUAGGCCACUCCCUCCACCUUGUAACAAAUCGGGCACAUGCUUCUUACCUGAUGAUGAGGAUCUUGCCACCACACCUACCAUGGCAUGGCCACACUUGCAAAUUGUUUACGACGUCCUUCUCCGUCUGGUCAUAAGCAUGGAGGCCAAGGCACUCCGAGACUAUAUUGACCAACCUUUCCUUGUCAAUCUCCUGUCUCUUUUCCAAUCCGAAGAUCCAAGAGAACGCGAGAGCUUGAAGAACGUGUACCACCGGAUAUAUUCCAAGUUCACCUUCUACCGGUCAUUCAUGAGAAAAGCAAUGAAUGAUGUGUUCCUUCACUACAUAUUUGAGACGGAUCCCCAUUUUGGUAUUGCAGAGCUGCUUGAGAUUUGGGGAAGCAUCAUAAACGGCUUCACUGUCCCACUCAAGGAAGAGCACAAGCUGUUCUUGAUGAGAGUUCUUGUGCCGUUGCACAAGCCGAAAGGUAUUCAGGCUUAUCAUAGGCAGCUUGCUUAUUGUGUUUCACAGUUUGUGCAGAAGGAGCCUUUGCUUGGCGGGGUUGUAGUUAGAGGGAUACUAAGGUAUUGGCCUGUCACUAACUGCCAGAAGGAAGUGUUGCUUAUAGGAGAAUUGGAGGAGCUUGUGGAGAAUAUUGAUCCUGAGCAGUAUAGGAAGUUGGCUCCUCUUAUAUGUACCCAAAUUACAAAGUGCUUCAACAGUUGUAAUUCACAGGUGGCGGAGCGAGCACUGUAUGUAUGGAACAACGAGCAGUUUAUAAAGAUGGUGUCACAGUCAACGGAAGAGGUGUUUCCGGUGAUAGUUGCAGGCGUGGAGAAGAACCUAAAAAUCCAUUGGAGCCAGAGUGUUCAACAGCUGACAGAGAACGUGAAGGUGAUGUUGGAAGAAACUGAACCGGGGUUGUACUCGAAAUGCCUCCAAGAGAUUGAGCGCCAAGAAUUUGCAGCCGGACAAGAGGAGAUGAAGAGGAAAGAGAAGUGGGAGAGAAUAGAAAUAGUUGCAGCAGCCAGGAGCCAGUUCCUGCAACAACCACCACAUUGUAUCAAGUGUUCUUAA